AUGGGGCUCUCUUACAACGUCUACCUCAACUCAUCGCGCAUCUACGGUUGCAAGAACUGCAAGACGCACCUGUCGAACCACGAUGACAUCCUUAGCAGGAACUUCCGCGGCCAGCAUGGCAAAGCAUACCUGUUCGACAGCGUCGUCAACAUCUCCGAGUCUGAGCCCAACGAGCGCAACAUGACGACCGGCCGCCACGUCGUACGCGAUAUUCACUGCCGCCAGUGUAAGGAGACCGUGGGCUGGAAGUAUGACAAGGCUUAUGAGGCCAGCGAGAAGUACAAGGAAGGGAAGUUCAUCUUGGAAGCGGAGCUGCUCUGCACCGUCACAUGA